CGAGGUGCGAGCACGUACUGUCUGGUGAGCGGAACGCGCCGCAACACUUGCCAACUCCGCUGCAACACCAGGAUACGCUCCUCACGGUUCCCCCUGAAGCCCGUUACCUUCUAAUCUGUAUAUCAGAGCAGCUGACUCUUCGCGGAGUUGACCACAUCUCAUAUCGCGGCUUUAUUCCUCUUCACGGCGCGUGAGAAGUCACCGGGACGAUGGCCGAUCAGCUGACUGAGGAGCAGAUUGCUGAGUUCAAGGAGGCGUUCUCGCUGUUCGACAAGGACGGCGACGGCACGAUCACCACCAAGGAGCUCGGGACGGUGAUGCGCUCUCUGGGACAGAACCCCACCGAGGCCGAGCUGCAGGACAUGAUCAACGAGGUGGACGCCGACGGAAAUGGGACAAUCGACUUUCCUGAGUUCCUGACCAUGAUGGCCAGGAAGAUGAAAGACACGGACAGCGAGGAGGAGAUCAGAGAAGCUUUCAGAGUCUUUGACAAGGACGGGAACGGCUACAUCAGCGCAGCCGAGCUACGGCACGUCAUGACAAACCUGGGCGAGAAGCUCACCGACGAGGAGGUGGACGAGAUGAUCCGUGAGGCCGACAUCGACGGCGACGGCCAGGUCAACUACGAGGAGUUUGUCCAGAUGAUGACUGCCAAGUGAGAAGAACACUGACGUUUUCUCUCAGCGUUGCUUGUCCUCCCUAAGAUCACUGUCUUUUAACAACCAAAAAAAAACAAAAAAAACAAAAGGAACAAUUACAAAACCAUAGCCUACCACCCCAAGCGAAUCACUUAAUCGUAGAAUUUUGCAAAUUGUGCUGCAGAACACCAACUACUUCUAAAGGUAUCUGUUUAGAAAACACCGACAGAGUAAUCCUUGUUGAAGUUGAAGGACCAAGCUUUAAGAGGGCUGAAGCCCCCGUUCUUCAGACCAAGAUUCUGCUGAGUCACCCAGCUCCUGAUUAAUUUAGAGGCGAGAGCAACACUGAAAAGGCAGAAGGGUAGGAAACCACGCUACGGUUUGUUUAGAGAAGUUGGAUAUUCAGUUCUUUACAGAUUUGUCUCCCAAAAAAGGAAAAAAAAAAAUUGUAAUUCCCUGGCACCGGUGGUGAUUCUCCACUUCCCCGAAUCGAGUCCUCUUUUUUUGCAUGCACCCUUUCUGUGGCCGUUCUCUUGUAACAGCGAGGAGGCUCUGAUCCGUUCAGAGGUAGUGGUCAAACCGUGUACACACUGGAGGUAUAUACAUAAAUAUAUAGCUAUAUAUCUGUAAAAUUUGUGUCACUAUUGAUUAUUGCAGGAGCAAAUAGUUGAGACGUAGGGUGUUCUUUCGGCGCUCGCCUGGAGACGAGCGUCCCGUGUACCUUGAAGAGUUAGGACGAGAACAGGAAACUGGGGGGUUUUCUGCCCGGCGGGAUGGUGUUUUUGUCUGGCGUCGAGUCGCGGGCGUCACUCUGCCCGCAGCACUGAUUGGAGAGCAGUGUGUCGAAUUGCUUCAGGAGGAUUGUUGUAAAAAACACACUUGAGGACUGCAGUUAUUAACAUUUCUUCUGCGAACAGAUAUCCUGAUGACAUUAUUGAUGUAAUGCUUUAUAAAUGUGUUCUCAAAUAUUAAUGUAUUGAUGACAAACUUUGGUCACAAAAUAUAUCUCUCUAUAUAUUAGUGUAUCGUAAAGUUUGCAUUGCCUAUUGUUGUAGUAAAUGACCUGUGACAUGUUUUCUCUUUGGUUUUGAAAUGUGCCAUAUUAUUCAAAGAAAAAAAAAAGCCUCAACCUUUCUUGCAAGACUCGUAGUUCAUUAGAAUAUAAUAAACCUACUUACUAUAAUAACAUAAAAAUACAUGCAGUUGAACAUAUUUGCACUUUGGUAUAAACCACAUGGAUGUUUAAAAAAAUGUUUUGUUC